ACCCAAUCCGCGCCCGCGCCCUCGCCCGCCAUAUUUCCUCCUCAGACUCCGACGAGACAAACAGGAUAUCAGACAAAAUCCAUAAUCAAUGACGGACGGUUGGAUCCGCGCCAUCGUUGAGGCCGUACACUCGAGCCCCACUCAAGCGGUCAUCUAUCUGGCGGGAGGAGCUUCUCAGGCAGUUGGAUGGCUCCUGUCUGCCCCAGGCGCUUCUAACACUGUUCUCGAAGCUGUCGUUCCGUACUCCAAGAUCUCUUUGUCUCAAUUACUCGGCAAGAUUCCCACACAAUUUACCAGUCAACAAACUGUAGAGGAAAUGGCGUUAGUAGCGUAUAAUCGUGCAUUGAAGCUUUCUAGACCAGGUUUUCCAGUUGUAGGUGUGGGUUUUACAGGGUCUUUGGCUAGCGUACCUCUAAAACGCGGGAAUCAUAGGUUUUACUUGUCAACAAGAACAUCUGAUCGGCUUUGGGUAUCAAAUGUUACCUUGUCAAAGGGUCUACGAACUCGUGAAGAAGAAGACACAAUCUCGAGUCGUCUUCUACUCAAGGCAGUUGCAGAUGCUUGCAAAGUUUCUGCUACGUUUGUUUCAGAACUGACAGAUUCUGAAGUGCCUGAUGAACAUGAAAUGCUGUUCAAUGAAGACCAAGAGUUACAGCAACUUAUUGAUGGACAAAUAUGCAUGAAAGUUUAUUCCUUUUCAAAUGAGACAAAUGCAUCAAGUUCAGAAAGAAAGAUUAUAUUAUCCGGUUCAUUUAAUCCUUUGCAUGAUGGUCAUCUCAAACUUUUGGAAGUCGCAUCAAGCAUUUGUGGUGAUGGUCUUCCAUGCUUUGAGAUUUCAGCAAUUAAUGCAGAUAAACCUCCACUGACAGUAUCUCAAAUCAAAGAUCGGGUUAAGCAAUUCGAGAAAACUGGAAAGACGGUGAUUAUUUCCAAUCAGCCUUAUUUUUACAAGAAAGCAGAACUGUUUCCUGGCAGUGCUUUUGUAAUUGGCGCAGACACGGUAGCGAGGCUCAUCAAUCCAAAAUAUUAUGGUGGCGAUCAUGAUAGAAUGCUGGAGAUAUUGAUCGGAUGCAAAAGAUCAGGUUGCACUUUUCUCGUAGGCGGUCGCAACGUUGAUGGGGUUUUCAAGGUUCUUGAAGAUUUCGACAUUCCAGAAGAGUUAAAGGACAUGUUUAUUUCAAUACCAAAGGAGGCGUUUCGCGUGGAUAUAUCAUCGACGGAAAUACGGAAAAGCCAGGGAAUGUAAACACCUUGGAAGAAAGCUUUACUUGCAGACACCCGUCUCCAAGCACCAAACAGAAGCUCCCCACAUGUGCGGAAGGCGGCAUGUGAAGAAGAUCCAGGCCAUUCAUUGGGUGAGCCCCAUGCUGAAUGCACCCUAGCCCAAAAAUGGACUGCUUGAAGAGAAAAAAGCAAUUGUCCCCUUUUUGUCGGCCCAACUGAUGAAUUGACUGGGAUGAUUUCUGGGCCAAGGCACAUUCACCAUCAGGCCUGUCUGAUGGAUGGCCUGGAUCUUGCACAUGUCUACCACUUUGGGCUUGUGUUGUUUGUGUUUGCUGAUUGUGGAUGCUGAGACUGCAAGCAGUUCUUCCGUGACACCUUAGUUAUGGAAAUGCAAGUAUUGAUAAGAUGACUUUGAGUAUUCAGACAGGCGACUUAUAUUGGUAUGCCACUCCUGAAAAUGACAUGUAUACUCAAAUGGAUUAUGCA